AUGCGGGUCCUCAGUGGGAGCGCCGGGGGCUCCGGAAGCGCCGCGAGCGCGGGGACACCCGGGGUGCCGGGGGCGGCCGCGCUUGGUGGCUUCCUGCUGCUGCUGCUGCUGCUGCUGCUGCUGCUGCUGCUGCUCCGGCCCAAGCGGCCAGCCAGCUUCCCCCCGGGCCCCGCGGGGCUGCCGCUCAUCGGCAACAUCUUCUCCCUCGCCGCCUCUGCGCAGCUGCUGCACGUCUACAUGGAGCGGCAGAGCCACGUGCACGGCCAGAUUUUCAGUUUAGAUCUUGGAGGUUUGUUCACUGUGGUCCUGAAUGGCUAUGAUGUGGUAAAAGAAUGUCUCGUUCAUCAAGGUGAAAUUUUUGCUGACAGACCUGCUCUCCCUUUGUUCAAGAGGCUGACCAAAAUGGGAGGUUUGCUCAACGCCACAUACGGCCGGGGCUGGAUAGACCACCGAAGGCUAGCCGUAAACAGCUUUCGCUAUUUUGGCUCUGGUCAGAAAUCCUUUGAAUCCAAAAUCACCGAAGAAGCCAAGUGCUUCAUUGAUGCUGUUGACACAUACAAAGGGAAACCCUUUGACCUUAAGCAGUUGAUAACAAACGCUGUUUCAAACAUCACCAACAUGAUUCUUUUUGGACAACGUUUUUCUUACGAAGACACGGAAUUUCAGCACAUGAUUGAGAUUUUUAGUGAGAAUGUGGAGUUGGCUGCCAGUGCCUCCGUCUUCUUGUAUAAUUCUUUCCCCUGGAUUGGCAUCUUCCCCUUUGGGAAACACCAACAACUUUUUAAGAAUGCAGCUGUGGUCUAUGAUUUCCUCUCCAGAAUUAUCGAAAAGGUGUCUGCCAAUAGGAAACCACAGUCACCUCAGCAUUAUGUAGAUGCAUAUUUAGAUGAGAUGGAUAAAGGGAAGAAUGACCCAGGCUCCACAUAUUCUAAGGAAAACCUGAUUUUCUCUGUGGGGGAGCUCAUAAUUGCUGGAACGGAAACCACCACCAACGUACUAAGAUGGGCAGUUCUUUUUAUGGGCCUUUAUCCUAACAUUCAAGGGCAAGUUCACAAAGAGAUUGAUUUAAUUGUAGGUCCCAAUAGGACGCCUUCUUUGGAGGACAAAUCCCAAAUGCCCUUUACUGAGGCAGUUUUGCAUGAAGUUUUGCGGUUCUGUAAUGUAGUUCCACUGGGUAUUUUCCAUGCAACUUCUCAAGAUACGGUUGUACGUGGUUAUUCUAUUCCUCGGGGCACCACAGUCAUUACAAAUCUUUAUUCCGUUCACUUUGACAAAAAGUACUGGAAAGACCCAGAAGUAUUUUAUCCGGAGCGAUUUCUGGACAGCCAUGGACAGUUUGUUAAGAAAGAAGCACUGAUUCCUUUCUCACUAGGAAGAAGACAUUGUCUUGGAGAACAGCUGGCUAGGAUGGAAAUGUUUUUGUUUUUUACAUCAUUGCUUCAGCGAUUCCACUUGCAUUUUCCACCUGAGGUAGUUCCAAAUCUCAAACCCAAAUUAGGCAUGACAUUACAGCCACUACCAUAUCUCCUCUGUGCAGAAAGACGGUAGCCAAAGGACAGCUAUCAUGAGGACUCGUAUAUUUAGACCGUGAAGGAUUCUGCUUCCUGCUUAGAAUUUCAACAAUGGUCCCAUUAUCAUAACUUUAUUUGCAACUAUUUUCAAAAGUCUAAAUUGAGAAAUGCAAGUAUAAGUGACAUGUACGUGGUUUUCUAAAUAUACAGCUGCACCCCCAAAUCCUCCUUUCUAACUCUGCCCACCUUUAAAUCUAGAUUUCUGAUCUUCCAGGAAUGUGUAUCCAGAGAGGGGACUUCCAGUCAGUCCUCUGCCCUUUCUCUUUCAGAGCAAUGUUAGAGAAUGAAUAAAUAAGUAAUGGGAAACAAGAUUCUGAAGGGCCUCUUGGUGGGGAGUGGGAUUUGGUUCCUUCAGCAAAUCCUGGCCUUUCUCCCCUUGUCCAGCUAAGACUGUUCCUUGCCUCCAAACUGCAAGAGUUAAGUUAAUGUUAAAUAACGACACUUCUGUUUAUGAAGUAAAAGUGAACAAUUUGUCUCUUAGGGUUCCCUUGUUCACACAGGCACCUCUCUGCCUAGUGGUCUCAUUCAUCAGUUAUUUACAACCAUCAACAGUAACGAUUAUAGCAUUUGUGAGAACACUCUGCCUUCUGGAGAAAACUCAUCAGUACUAUUGGUUAUUUGGCAUCCUGAGACAUCAGCAGACUUUAAAACUACCUGUUUUGGUGGCUAUGGACAAAGCUUCAUGAGGUCCCAGUGAAGGGGAUGAGGAAGAGCAUCUUCCUCCUAACAGAAAGCAAGGGAAAAGUCCAUCAAUUUCAGUGGCCAGAGGGGAGGGCCUGUUCUGUGGAAAUGGUGGACAUCCUCGCUUGAGCAGGGCAUGGCUCAUAGAUUUAGUGUUGGAAGGGACCUCAGAGGUCAGCUGGUUCAACACUUUCUUUUACAAAUGAGAUAAACCCAGGCACUCUGAACACAAAUUCAGUGCCCUUCUCACACUAGGGAAUGGAAAGAAGGCAGAGGCCAUCCCAAACUGAGGAGCAGUUUCCUGCCUCUCUUAUCAGUAUGUCAUUCGAAGAGACAGCUUGGUCCUUCUUCCCCUCCAUAACACUCCCAGUGGACCUGCCUCAAAGCCAUAACCUAGGCAUGAAGGAAUACCUCCAGUCUAAAGCACAGGGAUAGUCCAGCUCAAGUUGCUGGGCCCGAUUCUUCCUGGUCUUGAGUACAUUUGUGCAAAGCCCUUUCUUUGCUUCACUCUACUUCCUCUCAGUGGUUCUGACCCAAGGUGGGAUGUAUGGAAGAGCCUCAGGAACAAACUCCAGAAAUCACAAUGGGUGUGGUCACUGAGUGGGGUUCAAGUUUAAGGGGAAGACUCCUACUUGGCUGCAGAACCCCAGGUCUGAGGAUGUAGAAAUGUUUGACAUCAAGCAGCAUGAGGUUCAUUCAUCCACCUAAGUCCCGGCGCUAGACACAGCUGCUGUCCAGGAGAGCUAUCCCCAUUUAAAGCUUCUCUUAACAGGAAUGGCUGUGGUUAGGACGGUUGGCACAAUCAACAACCAGCAGGCUGGGGGGGGGCGGCGCUACACCUCCCGAUUUGAUCAACACCAAAACACCUUCAGUUCAAGCCAAUGAGAGAUACCUGUGUUUACACAGAGAAAUACAUCAUUGAUUUCACUUUGGAAGUUGAUGUUAAGAUUCAACAUGUAAACUUAUAGAUAUAAGUAAAAGGGUAUGAUUAUAUUGAUACAAAAUUUCUUAGGCCUUGUUGCUUUCAUGGUCGGUCGGUCUCUUCAAAUCCAAACUGACCAUAACAUUCCCAGUGGUCAGGGAAAUUGUUAGGUCCUAUCAUUUGGACUCCAUCUCUCAGUUUUUAAUGGCUUGUUCUCACUGUAGUUUCUGUUGACAGUGACCUCCCACUGAACUGUAGCUUUUGGGUGGAGAUAUUAGUAGCUAAUCACUAAUUAGUAGUCAACUUCAGUGUGAGGGAAAAGUGUGUUCCAGCUGCUAAAAAUACAUGCAGUUUUAGAUUACUUGAAUGAGAAGUCUUUACUGUCCAAAAAGAGAAAGUUCGUCUCUCUGUGCCGUCAGCUGGAGUUCAGAUCAUUUAGGAGCUCAGUUAGAAGAGGGUCAUGGGCUGAAGUAGGCCAGCAGCAAAGGGAAGAUGAGGUGAAGACUAGAGAGGCAGAUUCCAACACUGAAUUAGCAAUGAGAGCUUUCUGAAAGCAGGAGGGACAGUCCUGGCAGAAGAGGCUGGUUCUUCAUCCACUACGCAGGGAGUUAGAUAAGUUCUCUGAUUCAAAGAUGGUCUCGAAGGCUCAUGUUAGUGAGCCUUCAUGUAUAACACUUGUAUUUACACAUACACACACACACACAAUCUGUAUGUAUGUGUGUGUAUACGUAGAUAUCUGCUGAAUGAGCCAAUGAAUACAUUAAGAAGUUUCCAUUCUUAGGCAACGUAUGGACUCAACAGUGUGCAAAUAUUUGCUGUAUAGUGAAGGUCAUUUGCUUUAAGUACCCGAGAGACUGAGGUCAGUCUGGGGUUCAGGAGAACUAAAGGGAGAAGCAGGGCUUAAGCCCUGGUCUGGCUAGGGUAGUCUCACUUUUUCAAUCAGUUCUUGUUAGGCAGAUGGCAGGUUAUCUGGUCUACACACAGCAGCAGACAAAUCAUGGUGUGUAGAAGGGACUCUGCACAACAGGUUUGGACCAGACUAACUCAAAGCCUUUCCUCAGCUCCUAGGAUUCUGAUUUUGUAUUUAAUUUAUUAAUUCCCCUCUAUUAGCUUAGGGCAG